AUGGAUUUCAACAGCUCCUCGCCCUUCCCGGAGGGCGUCAUAUCCUUCCUGGAUACUGACCUCUACAAGCUGACGAUGCAAUGCGCCGUCUUCAAAUUCUUCAAGGACGUCCCCGUUACAUACGCCUUCACGAACCGCACCCCCGAGAAGAAGCUGUCGAGAGCCGCCUUCAACUGGCUGCAGGAACAGAUCCGAAAACUCGGCAACAUCUCCCUCUCCGACGAGGAAUACCGCUUCCUCAAGUCCCACUGCCCCUACCUGACCGCCGAGUACGUCGACUUCCUCAAGGAGUUCCGCCUGCACCCGAGCAAGCAGGCCAUCGCGACCUUUCACCCCGUCGCCGAGGACACCGGCGCCGACUCCGACAUUGGCGACCUGCACGUCGAGAUCAAGGGGACGUGGCUCGAGACCAUCCUCUACGAGAUCCCCCUGCUCGCCCUCACCUCCGAGGCCUACUUCCGCUUCAUGGACACCGAUUGGAGCUACGAGGGCCAGGAGGAGCUGGCCUUCGACAAGGGCCUGCGCUUGCUCGAGGCCGGCUGCACCUUCUCCGAGUUCGGAACCAGACGGCGCCGCGACUACCACACCCAGGCCCUCGUCUUCCGCGGCCUGGUCAAGGCCAGCAAGGAGGCGGAGAAGAAGGGCCUGCCGGGCAAGCUCAGCGGGACCAGCAACGUCCACCUGGCCAUGCGUUUCGGCAUCCCGCCCGUCGGCACCGUCGCGCACGAGUGGUUCAUGGGCAUUGCCGCCAUCCACGACGAUUACAAGGCCGCGACGGAGCUCGCGCUGCGGUACUGGGUCGGGUGCUUCGGGGGCCAGCUCGGCAUCGCCCUGACCGACACCUUUGGCACGCAGGAGUUCCUGAGGUCGUUCAGCCAGCCGGUGCACGCACUGGACGGCGACGACAGCAAGUUCAAGAAGGCCGACGGCACGACGCAGACCUACGCCGAGCUGUUCCAGGGCGUGAGGCAAGACUCGGGCGACCCGGCGGACUACGUCAAGAUGCUGCGUCAGUACUACGACAGCCAGGGCAUCAAGGACAAGAAGACGAUGGUCUUCUCCGACUCGCUCGACAUCGAGAAGUGUCUGCAGUACAAGGCCAUUUCCGAGGAGGCCGGCUUCACGCCGACGUUCGGUGUCGGCACUUUCCUCACCAACGACUUCAAGCACCUCAAGACAGGCACCAAGUCCGUGCCGCUGAACAUUGUCAUCAAGCUGAGCUCCGCCAACGGAAAGCCCGCCAUCAAGAUCAGCGACAACAUCGGCAAGAACACCGGUGACAAGAACACCGUCGAAAAAGUCAAGAGCCAGAUUGGCUACGUCGAGAAGGAGUGGAAGGGCGGCGACGAGACCCAGAGAUGGGGCAAGGAGGAGAAGGCAUAG